AUGGAGGGGGGCUCGAGCCAGGGGGCCCCGCCGGCGGCGGCGGCCGCCCCCAACCCCUUCGUCCACGAGCUGCGCCUGAGCCGCCUGCAGAGAGUCAAGUUCUACGUGCUGGGGGUGGUGCUGGCACCGAUCCGCGUCGCUUUGGCCUUCGUCGUUCUCUUCCUCAUAUGGCCCUUCGCACUCCUCCAGGUGGUGGGGCUCCCGGAGGAGACGCUGCAGGAACCGUUCUCUGGAUGGAGAAACACCGUUUCCCAUGGUUCGGUCUACCUGCUGAGCCGCCUGAUGUUCUUCCUGCUGGGCUUCAUGCGGAUACGGGUGCGGGGUCAAAGGGCAUCGCGGCUCGAGGCUCCUAUCCUGGUGGCCGCCCCGCACUCCACCUUCUUUGACCCUAUCAUCCUGCUGCCCUGUGACCUCCCCAAGGUGGUGUCUCGCACUGAGAACCUCCACGUGCCAGUCAUUGGAGCCCUGCUGAGAUUCAACCAGGCCAUCCUGGUCUCCCGCCAUGACCCGGCCUCUCGCAAGAAGGUGGUGGAGGAAGUGAAAAGACGGGCAACUUCCCAGGGAAAAUGGCCACAGGUCCUGUUUUUCCCAGAGGGAACCUGCUCAAACAAGAAAGCCUUACUGAAGUUUAAACCAGGUGCCUUUAUAUCUGGUGUCCCCAUCCAGCCGGUCCUUAUCAGAUACCCCAACAGUCUGGAUUCAACAACCUGGGCCUGGAGAGGACCUGGCGUAUUAAAGGUCAUCUGGCUAACAGCUUCCCAGCCCUGCACUACUGUGGAAGUGGAGUUUCUCCCUGUGUAUCAACCCAGCUCUGAAGAGGCGGUGAACCCUACGCUGUAUGCUAACAACGUCCAAAAAGUCAUGGCCCGGGCCUUGGGGAUUCCUGCCACGGACUGUGAGUUUGUGGGCAACCUUCCCGUCACCGUCGUGGGUCACCUGAGGGUGGCUCUGGAGCCACGCAUCUGGGAACUGGGCAAGGUGCUGCGCAAAGCCAGGUGCCUAACAGGGGGAGUCAAGUGCCAGUUGGAUCCAGUUCCGGUUUGUGCACCUGGGCAGCUAGGACCAACAGAGCUGGCCCGUUGUUUGGGGCUGCCAUGCCCUGAGGAUGUGGAGGGGCUCUUGAACUAUUUCCAACAGGACACUGAUGGAAAUACGGACUCCCGGGAAGUAUCCCUGGCCUUGGAAACAUUAGAGGGAGAGUACGAGCCCCAGCAACUGACAUGCCGUGCCUUUGAGCUGUUCUCAGAGAUGCGCGCGGAGACCGGGGACCGCCGGCUGCGCUCGGACGGGUUCUGUGCCAUUUUGCGCCUACUACUGGGCACGCCCAGGACGGAUGGGGCGGAACUCCACAGCCGGCUCUGCAGAGACCACAGACAAGAUGGACUGACCCUUGAUGAAUUCCAGGACUUCUCUCUCCGUCACCCUGACUACGCCCGCCUGUUUAGCACAUACUUGCGCCUCCCCGCGGCCCGCGCUCUGGCCAAGCCCGGCCCCCCGCCCGCCUACGCAAACGGCAUCCCGGCAGCAGCCUCUCCCAAAAGCAAGGCAGACUGAACCCCCCCACCCAAACCUCUUUAGCCAUGUGUAUACAAAAAACAAAGACAGAACCCCCCCACACACACAGCCAUGCCACACCCUUGGCCACGCAGACCCCUCCCCUCCUGCUCGCUUGCUAGCUCCAUGCCGCUAUGGUGGUUGGGCAGAGGGGGGGCGGAGACACCGCCAUCUCAGGGCAACCAUAACCGGGGAACCACAGCCGCAAGUUCUUUGGGGAUUGGGGCUUCUCUCCGUUUAUUUUAA